AUGAAGUCUAUCACGAUUUCUCUUACGUUUCUUUCCCUUCUCCACCUGACGGCUGGACAGCCUCGACAUCAACAUGCCCACCACCACAAGGCGAACAGGGACAUUACUCCAAAAGGGGGUAAAAUCACCAUUACAGGUACUACGUACAGUACAACUACUGAGAUCCCCGAAGUCGUGGUCUAUGUAGACCAAAACAACAAACCAAUUCAUACCACCACUGAGACGGUUGUCUACGUUCCAGCAUCAGUAGAGACGCACAAGACACUGGCUCCAUCCACGUCGACAGUUAUUGCCCCCCCUGUGCCUACUAAGGCUGUAUCAUCGGGGGCAUCUACUCCCCCAGCGCCGUCUACAUCAGCUUCACCCACUUCAAAGCAUGUGUCAACUUUUGAACCCGUCCCAUCUCCUAGAUCGUCACGAGCCAGUCCAGCACCAUCAGUAUCCUCCGUGCCAUCUUCUAUGCCAUCUCCUCCGCCGUCCCCUCCUGUUUCUGGCGGAGGCACCCUUCAUGGUGUCACUUAUUCUCCUUACAAGGGCAGUGGAGGCUGCAAGUCUGCAAGCGAGGUUGACGCGGAUUUCGCGCUCAUAGCCAAAGACUACGGCGUAAUGCGUCUGUAUGGCGUUGACUGCAAUCAGGUGGCAACAGCAUAUGCUGCUGCCAAGAAACACGGAAACAAGCUCUUCCUGGGCAUCUAUGACAUCAACUCUGUAGAACAAUCAGUCUCUACUAUGGCUGCCGGCGUUAAUCACGAUUGGAGUAUCGUUGACACCGUCUCGGUCGGCAAUGAACUAGUCAAUAACGGCGGAGCAACUGUAGGCCAGUCGCUUAGCGCAUUGAGUCAGGCGCGAUCUGCGUUAAGGGCCGCCGGAUACCAAGGCCCUGUCGUCGUCGUGGAUACAUUCGUUGCCAUGCUGUCUCACCCCGAACUCUGCGACCAGUCGGACUAUUGUGCUGUCAACGUCCACCCUUUCUUCGACCCCAAUACGGGCCCAAACCAAGCAGGAUCGUUUAUUACUUCUACCGUCAGUAAGAUUCGCAGCAAGCUAUCCGACUCGAGCAAGCGCAUUGUGGUUACGGAGACGGGAUGGCCCUGGCAAGGAGAAGCGAACGGCGCGGCCGUACCCGGCAUAGGCCAACAGUCGACCGCGCUAUCGUCUAUCAAGAACGCGUUUACUAACAACGCGAAUGACUUGAUACUCUUCACAGCCUUCAACGACAUGUGGAAGAAGCCCGAUGCAGGAACGUUCAUGGCUGAGCAGUUCUGGGGCAUGGGAGGACGGUAUUCGCCUAGCGACGAGUAG